UAUUAUUUACUCAGUCGUCUUUCAGACCGCAUUUAUAAAUGUGGAACAACUUAGAAUUCUUUCGAGAUAAAUUGUGCUGUGAUAGUCAUAAUAAUUGGUAGUUAAUUCACUAAAACACAAUUUUUAUUCAACUGCUACGUUAAGUACUAAAGGAGAUUUGAAGGAAAAAUAAAAAAACAUAAAAAUCAGUAGGACAGGAGAAACAAGAUAAAUUUAAGCAAAUGGACGAAGGAGCUCAGGCACUUUCUACAGUUUUGACUGGCGAAGAACAUGAGAGUUUGGAACGUGACAAGACAAGAAAGAAAAGUCGGGACGAAUCAGAAGAUAGCACUUCCGAUACAGAAAAAACGAGACAGAUGAGUACAGAAAGCAAUGAUUUCACAAACAAUAGUCAACAAAAUAUCAGCGAUUCUCGAAGGAGUUUAAAAAGUAGUAAAGAAGAUUCAAAUUCAAUAACAUUUAGAAUGGAAUAUUUUAUGCAUACGUAUCAAAUUUUUGAUUCCAAAAAGUUAAGGAAGAAAGCUAGAAAAAUGGCUAUUCAGAUAAUGAGACAAAAUGGGUAUGCAGUAAUGGUUGUGAAACCAGGAAGGUUUGCGAUGAAACAUGCUUCUUCAGCUCCUUACCAUUUAUUUUUCACAAGAGUCAAAAAUUCCAGAAAGACUUAUAAUCAACAAUUCUCCAUAACUUUCUCUGAGAUUCUCGACCGUAGUCUUGGAGAAAUUGUUAACAGUCUUCAUUUAACUUUUACCGUAGAUGUCGGGUGGUUAUAUUUGCAGUAUCUGUUGGCUGGUCAACGUACCGACAUGACAAUUCUGUACAAACAUAGAAUAUGUCUGUGUCGUGAGGAAUUAAGUAAAAACAUUACUAUGAUAAAGGUAGAUGGGCAACAGAAAUUCUCAAGUCAUCAUACGAACAUCAUAAUCCUGCAAUAUAGAAAUGGGAUUAGGGUGAUUGUCUCUACUGCUGCCUUAUAUUCUGACGAUUGGAAAAAUAGAACACAAGGAUUAUGGAUCUCGCCUCAUCUGCCCAGCCUGCCAGAAUCCGCAAAUCCUGAUGAUGGGGAAUCGCCAACGGGUUUUAAAAAGGAUCUUGAGCGAUAUCUGAGUAAAUAUGAACAACCGGCUUUGACGCAGUGGAUACGUGCAGUGCAGAUGGCGGAUUUUUCUGGUGUAAAUGUGUUUCUUGUCGCUUCUGUUCCCGGAAUUCACAUAGCUGACGAAGCCGAUUUUUGGGGAUACAGGAAAUUGGCACACGUUCUAUCGCUCUAUGCCACGCUGCCGCCAGAUGCACAGUGGCCUAUAGUCGCACAAAGUUCUGGCGUAGGCUGCUUUGGUUUGUUCGAAAGUUGGUUGAAAGACAUAAUUUCAUGUAUGUCAAAGGAAACUUCUAAAGAUUCAGAGAAUCACCCACAUUUUCAGUUUAUUUAUCCGUCAAUAGAGAAUUAUAAGCAAAGCUUUGAUAGUCAACGUUUAAUUACUCCCUUGACGUACAGUGCAGAAACACAUUCUAAACAACAGUGGCUAGAAUCAUAUUUAUAUCAAUGGAAAGCUAAGCGAACAGGACGAGAUCGUGCGAUGCCUAAUAUUAAAUCCUACACACGGAUUUCUCCCGAUUCGAAAAAAAUUCCCUGGUUUUUACUCACCAGCGCAAAUCUGAGCAAAGCUGCAUGGGGAUCAAGCAAACAACAAUAUAGUAUAGGGAACUACGAAGCCGGCGUCGUAUUCAUACCAAAAUUUAUCACUGGGACAACAACAUUUCCUAUUGAAAGCGAAGAAGAUACAGACGUUCCAGUAUUUCCGAUCCCAUAUGACCUUCCAUUAAGCCAAUAUGAAUCGGGCGAUAGUCCUUUCGUCGACGAAUUUCAAUUCUCUUGGUUUAGGGAAAGCUCCGAUUGCACACAUCGCAUGUUGCAUAUAUGCAUUGCUAAUUGACCAAUUUAAAAAUAAAAUAUUAUCAUUAGUGAAGUAGUGAAAAUUACUAGGCACCAGAUGAUACGAGUGGUAUGUGCAAUCGGGAUUGUAGGCAAAUGGGAUCCUUCCACAUUUUUUAUAUUUA